UCUUUUUUUCUGUUUUCUGACCGAACCCGACUGCACCUGCGAGCCCCGAUUCGCGAGCGACCUCUCGUCCGAACUGUCUGCGUCUGGCAGGUGUUUCCUCCCCGAGGCGCUUCUGCAGAGAAAAAACCACCAAAACGGAGCCGAACGAGGAAGACGGACAGCGACCCUCCCUCACCUCUGCAAUCAUGAUGUCGAUGAACAGCAAGCAGCCUUUCAGCAUGCACCCCAUCCUCCACGAGCCCAAAUACACUCCUCUGCACUCCAGCUCGGAGGCCAUCCGCAGGGCCUGUCUGCCCACGCCGUCGCUUCAGGGCAACAUUUUCGCCGGCUUCGAUGAGACGUUGCUGCAGAGAGCCGAGGCUCUGGCCGCCGUGGACAUCGUGGCCCAGAAGAGCCAUCCGUUCAAGCCAGACGCCACCUACCACACCAUGACCACCAUGACCAGUAUGACCUGCACCCCGACCUCCUCCUCCGCGCACCUGCACCACCCGUCGGUGCUCACCUCCCACCACCACCCGGCGCACCACCAGCCGGCGCAGGGUCUGGAGGGCGACCUGCUGGACCACCUCACGCCGGGCAUCUCGCUGGGAGGCAUGCCCGGCUCGGACGUCUGCUCCACGGCCUCGCACAACGCCCACGCCGCCGCCCACAUGUCGGCCAUCAACCACAUGCAGCACCACCACCACCCACAGUCCAUGAACAUGCACCCACACGGGCUGGGGUCCCACGGCUCCCUAGGGACCGCCGGCGGAGACGCGGAACCUGAUCCCCGGGAGCUGGAGUCGUUCGCCGAGAGGUUCAAACAAAGGCGGAUCAAACUCGGAGUGACCCAGGCGGACGUGGGCGCGGCCCUGGCCAACCUUAAGAUCCCCGGGGUCGGCUGUCUGAGCCAGAGUACCAUCUGCAGGUUCGAGUCCCUGACUCUGUCGCACAACAACAUGGUGGCCCUGAAGCCGAUCCUGGAGGCCUGGCUGGAGGAGGCGGAGCGGGCGCAGAGGGAGAAGAUGUCAAAGCCGGAGAUUUUCAACGGGGGAGACAAAAAGAGGAAACGCACGUCUAUCGCAGCCCCGGAGAAGCGCUCCCUGGAGGCUUAUUUCGCCGUGCAGCCGAGGCCCUCGUCGGAGAAGAUCGCCGCGAUCGCCGAGAAACUGGACCUGAAAAAGAACGUGGUCCGGGUUUGGUUUUGCAAUCAGAGGCAAAAGCAGAAACGAAUGAAGUUUUCUGCGACGCACUAAGACCAGCGGGUCUCGGCCCCGUUUUCGAAAAAGACAAACCAGUGACAAGCUGCUGCUGCACACUGUCAGAAA